AUGCCGCUUAAGGGAGGUCUCGGGUUCGAGUCUCGCCGUAUGCAGAAACUCUUGUUGGGAGACUCACCCACCACAAGCAAGAUCGAGGAUGGCCAUCAUGUAUACUGUACUUGGCAAUUGAAUUUUGGGUUUGGUUAUGUUUCAUCCCUGGAUGAUUAUAAGAUUGUUGCCAUUGCUUUAAUUAAAGAAAAUCUGAAUACCGAGAUAGUUAUCUAUGUGUACUCUUUAAGGUCGAAAGAAUGGACAACAAAACGUAAGGUUUAUGGAGAUUGGUUCUGUUUUCAAAGUUAUGACUACCCUUAUCUGUCAUUAGGAGCUUUGGUUGAAGAAAAUCUGCAUUGGAAUAUAAGUGAGGGAGACCACAAAUGCAUUGGUUGGUUUGAUUUGGCUAAGGAUGAGUUUAAAAUUAUGCGUUUGCCAAACUUUGAGCUUGGGGAUCAAAUUAAUAAUGUUCAGUAUGGUUUUGCUUUGUAUAGUAUAAAUGAGUGCUUGUGUACUUGGCGACAAUAUUGGAAUGGAAGGGUUGAGGUGUGGAUGAUGAGAGAAUAUGGAAAGUGGGGAUCUUGGACCAAGAUGUUUGACCGAAACUUGAGUGAUGAUUUGUAUCAUUGUUGUAAAUUAGUUGGAUUACAAGAUUCUGGAAAGAUUUUGAUUAUGACCCGUCAUACGAAUCUAGUGCUUGCUGACAUGAACUGUGAUCCACCUAUAUUUGUGCGUCUGGGGCCUAUUGGCAGUGCGCGCUUCGUUGGGGGAGUAAGUCAUGUUCACAGUCUUAUAUCACCUCUUGCCCUGUACGGCGAACAAUAG